CUAACACGUCAACUUUCUUAUUUUCAGGAUGAUCCCCGCAUAAUGAAGGUUGGAGAUAAGAAACGUUGGAUACACGACCCGAAUAGCGAGCUUUGUCGCCCACUCAACUGCAAAAAGAAGGAACUCUGUCUUUUGGAGGACACGUUCACGGCUGUCUGCGUCUCGAAGAAGGAGCUCCACAAAUCAGGGGACAUAGUGAUUCCGAAAUCUCGCGUGGUUCAACAGCGACGGAUGAGGGCCGAAACAUCAGUCGACUCCGACGACGACGACGCCUUCUUUGAUUCCGAGGACGACGACGACGAUCAGGACGAGUCAAAGUGCCAGGAGUGUCCCGUGGUGAAGCCUACGUUCCUCUGCGGAAGCGACAAUCGCACGUACAGCUCGCCGUGCCGUCUCGAGUACCACAACUGCAUUCACCACACCUCCGUCCACAUCGCCUGCAAAGGUUUUUGCCCGUGCAAAGUCGCCGAUCUGCGAACGUACUCGAAGAAGACGCAGAUGCAGAGGAAGAAGAUGCUCAUGGGCAAGAUGGGCCGUAGCCACGACAUCACCCUCACGCCCCGCGACUUCAAUUACGAUAAUCAUCACUACCAGUAUCUCAAGUACACGAAACGCGGCAAGGGACUCGCUAACGCGAACAGAUACGACGACAAGCAUCUGAUGAGCAACGAAGUCACGGACAAGGCACAGCCACCGUUGAAGGCGAUGUACAACGUGCAGUCGCCAUCCAGAAAUACGGAUUGCCCGUCGUCGUCCAAGCCCGCGAUGGCCAACCGCCUCCUAGACUGGUUCUCCGUCGUGAUGGCGGACUCCAAACAUCGCCGUCAGCAUCCCAAGCCUAAAGGUCACUUCCCAAUCGGUUGUCAGAGCGAGGUCAGGUGGAUGUUCGGGCACUUGGACAGCGACAGCGACGGCCGACUCUCACUCUCCGAACUGUACGGCCUGGAGCACGACCAGAAUGAACCAUGCUUGAAGCCCUUCCUGGAUAGCUGCGACACCGACAGCGACAUUUUCGUGAGCGGACCUGAGUGGUGUGGAUGCUUCUCUAAGGCCGAACGUCCGUGUGCCGCUGUGCGCAGACGAUCAUCGCCGGAUUCUGCACCCGCCUGCGAUUCGCGAGGAUAUUACCGCAGCACCCAGUGCCACCGUGGCCUUGGUCUCUGCUGGUGCGUCGAUCCGCACGGCGUCGAGUUUGCUGGUACCAGAGCGCGCGGCGCGAAGCCGGACUGCGACGCGAUUGUGAACAAGAUCAGCAGCGGUGGACUCAAAACCAACAGUGUGGAUCUCGACGACGAUGAGGACGGUGGUACCGACUCCGCUCAGGAUCUUGAAGGCUCAGCCGAUCAACCUCUAGAUUUUUAGACACGUUAGGGGCGGCGGCCGUCAACGGAAGCGCGGUAUCUUCAACCAAGCAUCUAAGAGCAGAGAACCGAUCGCACAGUCGAGAUCGUGGGAAGGUGCGCGCGCGCCUCCGCCGGCUUCAGGAACACCGCCGAGUUUGUGAUCGGAGGUGUCCUGUGUCGCCGUUUGGCCGCCUGUCGAUUCUGUCGAGGUCGCGGUCCACGCGCGACGAAACGAAACGUGAGCCUAAAUGAGUUCCGAGAGCAACGAAAAAGCACGACGAUCAUUAGUUGCGGGAAGGUCCGAAUCGCAUCGGAGAUCGUUGUCGAAUCAUCGUAACGACCUUAGUCGCGUCCUUCGUCCCAAUUAGGAAGUUCCGAUCAACACUAAAGUAGCAAGUGUCUUGCCAUGUCGUGCAAUAAUCGCGUAUGUCCAGCGGCAAGCGGCGUCUACAGUCUACGCAAUCGUAGAUCCCGUGCAAUCCGUAAUUCCGUGCAAUAUCCAAUAGAGUCCGUGUAGAGAGUACGCAGAUAUGGCCGAAAGUGUAACGAGGAUACGUGUGUGUGUGUGUGCGCGCGCGAAAGAGAGAGAGAGAGAGAGAGAGAGAGAGAGAGAGAGAGAGAGAGAGAGAAAGAGAGAGAGAGAGAGAGAGAGAGAGAGAAAAUUGCUGACGGGGUGAGAAAAUUCCGCUGCGAGCCGCGCUGAGCACCGACCGUUGGAUUGCCUCCGUGCCUGUCGAGGUAUCUCCACGCACAAUUAUGUCUAUAAAUAAUGCAAUUGCGUGUCGUUCACGCAUACAGAAAGCUGAAGGAGAAAGAGAUUUGCGAAAUGAGGAUGGGUCGAAAGCGAAGCGACGUAAUUUCGUCGUGUCGACCAGAACUCACGUACGCGACCCAAGUCACGCUUAACGGAAAACCACAGGUGAAAGAAACCCCAUAAGCGUAUGAUUUCUAAUCACUAGAUUAACAAUCGAUUGUAACGCUGAAACAUAAUGUAAACUGUGAAUCACGUGGUAACGAUGCGGCAAUUGAACGAAAUUAAAUCGGUCGAAGAGAAGAGACACGGGAGCGGGGAGAGGAGACGAGCGGAUGUGAAGUCAUUCUGCUACUGUCACACUUGCGCACGCUGAAACUUAGUUGAAUCACUCGAAGCAAAUAUAGGUUUUUCGUAGCUCUUGCCACUUCACUUUCGGCUGUGUUUCGCCGAACGCGGUAUAGAGAAUCUCGCCGUUAUUCCGCUUAUUUAUUACAUUCUCUCGCGGGCAAGAUCAUGUGUUUUUUUUUUGGUAGUUUAUUCUUCCUUUUCUCACAGCCAUCUUGCGUUGUAAAAUUACUAUGGCAUACGGAAUAAAGAACGAUCUAUUUCGUACUCGUUAAUAAUCAAUUUCACACUACGCAGUUCAAUCACGAUCGUAGGACGUCGAGCUGGUUGUUAGGAGGCGAGAGAUCGCUUAUAAAGAUAAGCGCGCGAAGUAUUAUUAUUACUCUAUUAUACGUUGCGCGACUCGAUUCGCAUAGAGUUAUGCAUUACGAUUCUUUGCGUCCGCAAUCGGAACGACAUCCAUCGUGCAAUGCUGAGAGUUGUUUUCUACGAAGCUAGAAAAAAAAAAUGUUCGACGUCGUGAUUCGUCUGCAUUUACUGUAAUUAUAAGCAUUUUUACUUACAACUUUUACUUAAAGAGUGUGUGGUACACCGUAGAUAUUAGAGAUAACAUGUAAUCCGUAGAGAGAAAAAAAAAGAAAAAAAAAGAUCAGUGUGACUAUGUGAAUAUGCCCCUAGCGUUAGAAGGCAAUUUACGUAGAGAUAGCCGAUACAAAAACUACACGUGUCUCAUUUAGAACGAAAGUGACAAUUCAUUUUGCAAGCCUAACGCGUUUCACACUUCGACAUGCAUUCCUUCUACGAAGUAUUCAGGGAAAACAAUACUCGUCGCGUAUCGAUCAAAGACAACAUUGUACGUACUGAAACUUUUGAAUAUGUCAAACUCAAUGUACAUUUUUAUCUUUCCUUUUCUAUCGACGCGUUUUACUUCGAUGACUCACGACUAUGGCAAUCCUUGUGAUUUCAUCAACUAUCGAGUUUCAUAACAAAUUGUGCACCCUUAUGUAUAUUUUGUUCUCCUAUUCAAAAGGUAACUUGAUAUCGUUUUGUCAGUUCAUCCAUAAUGUCUUGCCUUAAUGGACAUGGCGUGUUAAACUUGCGCAUUAAAGUAUGUAGAUGACACUUGAAAUAUAUCUACAUAUUUAAUUGAUAAACGACAUCGUCCGCAAUGAGCUAACGCAUAUUCCUUCCUGCAUCGAGCGCAAUUUGCAUUCCGCCUGACUUAUUGUACUGUCGACCUAGACUAAUUAAUAUAACUACAAGCGAACGUAAAAUAGUUUUAUCGAGUCUUGCAUAUUGUAUAUAUAUGAUUAUAUACAAUGAAAAUCAUCGUCAAUGAUCUUCGUACCAUGAUGAUUUUUGUAAGGUAUGCACUUGAUCAAAGCGUAAAGAAUUUUUACUUCAUUCAAGAGCUACCGUAAAUAUCUUACUUAAUCGGUAUUGUACAUGUGGCUGUAAGAAUUCUUUAUGAAUAAAGAUUGUUGUAGAAA